AUGCUAGGCGAAUGGCCUGCGCUAGGAGAACGAACUGAUGCCUUGUUCACUUCAGAUAUUGCGGAUAAUAUCUAUUCGAUUUUGAAAGAUUUUCCAGGGCAAUAUAGUCCUGUCUGGGAGGUGAAUAAUCUGUAUUAUCAGAUUCUCACCCCCAUUAUCAGAUCAAUCAACCCCACCGCCCUGGCAGAAACUUCAAAAGUUUUGUUGCAUAUCUGCUUCAGGGUCUGGUGCCUGAAGAGUCUCCCUAUAAAUCCUACAUCAUUCCUGAUCUCCGAGCCAUGUUCACACAGGUCAUCAAAUCUGUCGUCAUAUUCUAUUCCAUUAUCACCAACCAGCACUGAAGAUUAUAUAACUUCAUCUCUUUCAAUCCUUACUUCUCCUAUCACGAACUUUGCUUCCUUCUUGCAAAAUGUUAACUGCAAAGCAGUCGGUCCCACGCGGUCCUUAUCCCUCCCACUCUACUCAAAUACCUAA